GCGGCGCGGCGCGGCCGCGGACUACAACUCCCAGCGCUCCGCGGCGCGGCCCUCCGGCGGCGGCGGCGGCCGAGGAAACGAAAGCGGCUGCCCCGUGAGCCGACUUCACCUUCAGGCCGCAGCAUGAACGGCAGCGUGGCGGGCGGCGGCUUUUCCGAGGAGGUCAUCAGCCUCACCCGCAGACCCUCAGGGCUGGGCUUCAACAUUGUUGGUGGGACAGAUCAGCAGUACAUUUGCAAUGACAGCAGCAUCUAUGUCAGCCGGAUCAAAAAGGAUGGGGCAGCUUACCUUGACGGCCGAUUACAAGAAGGAGAUAAAAUUUUAGCGGUCAAUGGCAGAGACUUGAAGGAUUUGCGGCACAAGGAUGCUGUGGAACUGUUCAGGAAUGCAGGCUAUGACGUGUCUCUGAAAAUUCAGCGUAGGUUGCAGCCACAGAAUGGCCCUGUGGGUCACCAAGGUGAUGGAGAAUCAGGUGGGCUUCCUCUAGCAGCCAUUCUUGUGCCAGGCCUGGCGCUUGCUGCAGCAGCAGUCUGGAUCUUGCUGAGGUAUCGACAACGGAUGUGAAGAGUUCACGUUUUGGAUAUCACUGCGUAUUUUACACAGCUAUGAUGUAAUUUAAAGAUAGAGAAUCAACGAUCUUAUCACAGACUGAUGUCAAAAAGGAUCAUUGCCUAUCAUAAAGCUGCUGCUGAUGUUCUUUAUAUAUUGAUUUUGUUGUAGGUUGAAUGGAAGCAAAGAGGAAAAAGGGAAGGGAGAUGACUGUGUUCAUGUAUAGAGUGGGAUAGCUGUUUUUUUGACUAAUCUGAGGAGGUUUUGCCAUCAGCCCUGUUUUGCACCAUGAACUUUCAAACACACUUACCUAAUCUGUGUUUUAAGAUGUGACUUUUGGUUAAAGGGAGUAGGGGUUGGGGUGGUUUUAAAUAAAAAACAUUUACUAGAGGCUUUGCCUUGUUUCCACUGAAUUUUUCUUGAAACCAGUGAUCCCUGUCUGAACCAUGAAUAAAGAGAAGCAAUGUGGAGGGUA